AGCUAUGAGCCCUGUUGUGCUGCGAUUCUGUGUUUACCUGUAUUCUGUGUGGCUUAUUAGUAGGAGCAAUGCAGCGAAUAAUCCACACAUCGUAUUCAUCAUGGCCGAUGAUAUGGGAUGGAACGACGUCAGUUUCCACGGGUCUGACCAGAUCCCCACCCCUAACAUUGACUCUCUGGGCUACAAUGGGGUGAUUCUCAAUAGACAUUACGUCCAGCCUACCUGUACCCCUACCAGGGCAUCAUUGAUGACCGGCAGACACCCUAUCCACACAGGUCAGCACUGGCCUUACUACUCUACUCAAAAAUCAGCUCUGCCGCUGACGGAGAAGAUACUGCCAGAGUAUUUAAAGGAACUUGGAUACGCUACUCACGUGGUGGGUAAAUGGCACUUGGGUUUCUACAAGAGGGAAUUCACGCCCUUACAAAGAGGGUUCGACUCACACCUCGGCUACUGGGGCGGUUCGCAAAGCUAUUACGACCACGUACACGAGGAGCGGAUAGGUAAUAAGACUCUGGUUGGCUACGAUAUGAGACGCGACAACACAGUAGCCUGGGAACUCUCUGGACAGUACGCUACGGAUCUCUUCUCCAGGGAGGCCGUCCGGCUAAUCAAGGAACAUCCUCCAAACGUCCCGAUGUUCCUCCUCCUAAAUCACCUGGCCGUCCACGCCGGUAACGCAGGGAAACUUCUGGAGGCACCACAGGAAGUUGUUGACCGCUUCCGGUACAUACCAGACCCUAACCGAAGAACCUAUGCUGCAAUGAUGUCCAAACUAGACGAUUCCGUAGGGGAAGUUGUGGAAGCUUUAGGGGAAAAGGACAUGUUGAGAAACUCAAUAGUUGUGUUUCUCUCUGACAACGGUGCUCCCAAUCUUGGCCACUUCAAUAACUGGGGCUCUAACUACCCUUGGAGAGGCCACAAGGCCACCUUGUGGGAGGGCGGAGUGAGAACUCCUUCAGUGGUCUGGAGCCCUCUGAUCUCCAACCCCUCUAGGGUGAGUGAGGAACUGAUGCACGUCACCGAUUGGCUGCCUACUCUGCUUAGAGCUGCAGGUUACCAAAAGCCCUUGACGUAUAUUGAUGGUGUAGACCAGUGGCUAUCGAUCUGCUACGACCUGCCCAGUCCUCGGACAUCUCUGUUAUUGGACUUGUACGAUACUAAUAAUAUGAGAAGUAUCAUCAUGGGACACUACAAAUACAUUUAUGGAGCGACUUCGUACCUACAGUACAACGACGAUGCAGCUGACCACAGCAGCUAUCUGAACUUCGACUCCAUCACUUCCAGGAAUAUUCCGAGCUAUGACGUCACUCAAGUGACCACUUCAAAGACUUGGAUUCAAACGAAGAAGCUGAGGAAAUAUCGUCUACCAUCUUCACAAGUAAUCAAGAUGAGGAAAAAAGCGACGAUUUCGUGUGAGAGGAAAGACACCUCACCUCUGAACUGUGACGACACACCCUGUAUAUUCGACUUGGCAGAAGACGCUUGUGAACAGGAGAACAUUUUUUGGAAGUAUCCGAUUUUAGGUGUUUUCAUGGGGGCUGUUUUAGAUAAUUACAAAUUGGACGCAAUUCCAGAUGAUAUAAUAUUUUUUGAUUUGGACAGCGAUCCAGAAAGGUUCAAUGGAACUUGGGAUAAUUGGGUUACUUGAAACUUAAUCGUAAAUAUUGUUUGGAUAUGAUUGUGUUGUAUUUUGUACAAGCUGAUAUGUCCUUAUUUUUCUCAAAUACAUUGUACUAAAAUUAAUGUUUUUAAUUUUGCUAAAUAUUUAUUAUAUCUUAUAUCAUGUACUGUUCAUGUAUUAUGUUUUGUAUUGACGAUAGACACUAGUUUUAUUUCUUUACCAAUCCAUUACUUUUAUAAUGAAACUGAAUGUAGUUGAAUUAAUUAAACAUUUCCUUCAGCUUAUUAAUUAAAAUGAGAAGUCUUCCUAGUCUCCAAAAGUCAAAAGCAUGAUCUUAAGGUUAAGUAUUAAAAAACGAAAGAAAGGAAAAUGGAAGAAAAGAAACGAUGAUG